GAAAAUAACAAACUGUCUUUCCACGCCCAUUAAAUCUGCGUGUUCAUGACAUUCACACGUUGGAGCGGCUGCCUCCUAUUUUUUCUUUGACGGGCAGAUCACAAAGAGAUGUUCCUGUACAUCCUGGGGGCGCUGGCCGUGUGGUUUGUCUUCAGGUGGAUCCAGGAGUCCAAACGUGUGGCCAACAAGGGAGACAAAUAUGUUUAUAUCACUGGCUGCGAUACUGGCUUUGGGCAUCUCCUGGCCAUACACCUGGAUAAACUUGGUUUCCGUGUGAUCGCCGGUUGUUAUACAGAAAUGGGUCAAGUUGGGCUGAAGAAGACCUCUACUGACAGAUUGACCACUCUUCAUUUGGAUGUCACCGACUCGAACUGCAUCAGACAGGCCACGGCAUUCAUUGACACUCUUGUGGGGCAGAAAGGCCUUUGGGCCGUCGUGAACAACGCAGGUGUCGGCGAACCGUCGGCCCCAACGGACUGGCUCACGAUUGAGGAUUAUAAAAGGAUGCUGGCCGUCAAUCUGGUGGGCGUGAUCGACGUGACCCUCAGCGUCCUCCCUCUCAUCAAGAAGGCCCGAGGCAGAGUAGUGAACGUGGCCAGCGUGUUCGGGCGAAUCAGCCCAAUGGGCGGCCCGUAUUGCGUGUCUAAAUACGGCGUGGUGGCUUUCAAUGACAGCUUGCGUUUGAACAUGGCACCGUUUGGAGUCAAGGUGCUGUGCAUCGAGCCGGGCUGCUUCAAAACAAAUAUUACUGACCCUGUGAAUGUGAGAAAAAACACGUGGAGAUUAUGGGACAGAUUGCCUCAGGAUGUGAAAGACGCCUACGGGGAGGACUGUGUGGAGCGCUCUCUCCAAAGUCUGGACAGGAUAUUUAAAGUGCUGGCAGACAGCGACCUGAUGAAGGUGGUGAGCUGCAUGGAGCACGCCGUCGCCGCCGUCCACCCCCAAACUCGUUACACGCCCGGCUGGGACGCUAAGUUCUUCUGGUUGCCUCUAUCCUACAUGCCUGCCUCCAUUACUGAUCUGAUCUUUCUUAAAAACACCCCCAAGAUUAAAGCGUCUUUGUCCUAAGAUCCAACAUGUGUUUUUUGAUGCGUUUUGAAUACUUCAGCAUUCCAAUAAAUGAUCACAUCGCAUCAAAUUGUUUUUGGUUUAUGCCUCGUCAAAAAAAACAAAAAAAACAGCAUUUGUUCGUAGAUAAGCUGCACUGGGCUAUAAGCCGCAGCUGUCCUCACUUUGCUAUGCCAUUCAUAAGACCAAAUGAACCACCAUGAAGUUUUGAACUAAUUGGCUGCAAAACUUCAUUGCUUCAAAAAGCUUCAUUUGAUUAAACUGAUCCCGUGGGGGAGACAGUCAACCUCUGUUGCCACCUGCUAUCAAUACUGUUGUUGUCCAACAUGCCUCCUAGCAUGCAUUGCAGUUCUACAGAUGUAAAUAACAAUCAAAAUUCAUGUUCAGUGCUAAUUAUUUCUUUAGUUACUGUUCGAGUUGUUUCAUUAAUUGCUAGUUACGGUAUUUGGUAACACGUUAUUUGGCAGUUGUGCCAACAGACUGUCAUUACACAAUCAUGAUUAUGACAUGGCACUGUGUUGAGCAUUAAUAAAUGCUUAUGACUGUCAUGUUUGUGUGUGUUCUCAGCUCGUUUUUCUUUAUUCAGCACCUGAUUGAGCCAGACUGGCGGGGUAACACAACGCACCUGUGCUUGAUUAGGAAAGCUCAAUAAUUAAGGAAGCCUGUCACCAUCUGCAAGUGUCGGACUAUUGCUUGCUACCUGCCUUGCUUACCGCUGUGCGCUCAUCGUCAUUCUUCGUGCUUCCCGAAAUUCUACGGUCGUGUUCUGGUUUGAUUAUUUUUACGUUUGUGCUCUUUUGGACUUUGUAGUUAGAAUUUUGUCCUCUAUUAUAUUCGCGCCUUCUAGCAUGCUCUCUUAGUUGUACUUUGUUAUACUCGCAUUUUCUAGCGUGCUCCCUUUGUUGUACUUAUUAAAUACAAACAUUCACUCUACCUGUGGCCUAUACUACGAACCGAGUUCAACCUCCCCAGAAGUAAUCCAGUUUACCAUCGGGUAACCGGAGUUGACAAAACCUGGUUGUCUAGUUUGUGGUCAAUCGGUGCUACGACGCUGAUUAUGAGGUUGAUUAGUCGAACCUGUGUCAACCCAGUCAGAGUUACUGCGCGUUCACAUAAAAGGGGGCGGUGACCAGAGUCAAACACUACUUGUGACGAUGGCACGGGCACCUUACUUCACGGAGGAGGAAUGCGCGAUGAUCAUUAUUUGUAAUUAUGAGGAAUUAAAAUCCACCCUCACCGCGAAACACCGCUUCGGCGAGUAGAGUGCAACGGGUCUGUUGACAGCGAAUUUACAGAUCGUGUGAUUUGUGAAUGCGUCAAUAUGCCAGUUUACUUAUGUCCAUGAAAAGAAAUAAAGCCUGCUGUCAGGACAAUGAAAUAAGAUUUGGUACAUUAACAGUAAGAAAUAAUUGUCACGCAUCACCACACGAAACAGGAUGAUUGUAUGUUUAGUCCCCUUGACUGUACGAAUACGUAUGUUCUUUUUUUUUGUUUGGGCCUAAAAAAUCCAGCCCGACCCGACCCG